UGGCAGUGUCAUCCUCUUUGACAACCUCUUGUCGAAUAGCCAUAACAAUCAAAACGCAAGAGUCGUGCUUUAUCGAAGGUCCCUUAAAAGAGGGAUGGGCAUCGGAUGGUAGUGCAAACGAUACUUCGCAUUCAUUAUAGCUUUGGAGGUUCAUCAGCUCCUAACCCUUGCAAAUCGGCAUGCCUGCUGUCACACCUACAACACCAAGCUUCACCUCUAUCAGCGGAAGUCCAAGAGAUAAUCUGCGAACAAUAGGCACACCCUCUAGAAGCGGUGUAAAUAGCAAACCCCAAACACCAAAUUCCGGCACAAUGUCAAUCAAUGGCAAUAUGGGCGGACUGGUCUUUGAUGAUGUAUUACGAUGGGAUGAGAAUGAAGUUAUUGCAUGGCUACAAUCCGUCAGACUUUCAGCACAUUCUUCUGCUUUCACAAAGAAUGACAUUUCUGGCGCAGUCCUUUUCGAUAUCGAUAACGGAUUCUUGAAAGAGAUGGGAGUCAUGAGUGUUGGCGAUCGGAUACGAAUUACGAGUGCAAUCAAAAAUCUAAAGAAGAAAUGUGCGGAAACGGAGUCUAUUCAACGCUCAGCACAGACAAAAGCAGCACAAAAUGAAGUAGAAUGGAUGGAUGGUGAGAUGUCUGGGGAUAGGGAAUUUGAAGAUGGUGGAUUGGCGCCUCAACUAGGUAACGCAUCCUCCCUCCGUCAUUCACCAAUGUAUGGAGGACCAUCAAUGGAUGCUUCACAAUCUUCUCUCUCACCUUCUACGGCUGGAGGGAGAGGAACACCGACUUUACGUGAUAUGCGGGGAAUGGGCGCAACUGGUGGUUGGACAAUGACCCGCUCGAGAGGCGAUACAAACGGAAUGGCAUCACCCAAUUCAUCUUUGCGGGUUGCAAAUUAUCCAAAUAAUGCUCGUCCAAACACUGCAAUAGGAGGAUCUUCAAUCUCGAACAAUAGUCCAACAUAUACCAACUUUCCCGCUCCUAGACCUUCGACAUCUGAUGGAGGACGUGGUGCAGUUUCUGCCAAUCCAAACAUCAAUGCACAUUCAGCAGCAGCUCUAUCACCCAUCGCCGAAUCAUCUCGUCCAUCGCCAAGAGACAAUAAAGGAUUCUAUAGCUAUGCCAAUGAUGGAUCUAGGCUCGUCGGUAGUCCUCCAGGCGCAUUAGCUCUAGAUGAUGUCAGAAAGAAGACGAUCAAAUUUAUCGGAGAAGAUGGUACUUCAAAAGUUGUACCUGUUGCUGAUUGCAGAGAUGCACAUGAUGUACUAGCUCGUGUAUUGCGCAAGUUCAGCAAACAUUCCCAAGGCAACAGCUAUGUCCCAACAGCAGGUCAGAUGUAUACUGCAGACGACGAAAUGUUCGAUAGCGAUGAUGGCGGUGAUUUGUGGGGUAUAUUCGCUACAGGCGGGGAAGGACAAAUAAAGUAUUUGACAGAUAAUGAACUGACUGCUAUCUGUCAUGCGCCGCAACCACAUGAUCCUCUGCGAGAGCGUGGAUUGCUUCUGCGCAGGAUAGGCAAAGGUGAAGAUCCAGGCAAGCGACCAACAGCGAAAAGAAGCAAGCUUGAAUCCUUCUUUGGUGUUUCGCAGGAUAAGAUGUCGAGCAAUUCCGCCUUUAGCUUGCCAGAUGAUGCAUCUUCAACAAGUGGACAUGUGACAAUAGAAGGAAAACGAAUGAACAGGGCUAGCACGAUGAGCAUACUCUCAGGCUUGGGUGUGAAUCAAGCAAAGAAUGCGAAAGAAAAUCGCGAUGGAUCACAGCGAUCUCCACCACAUGUUUCAAUGAUUCCAAAGAAAGCACGUAACUUCUUUGGCCAAAGACCGCCUUCCGAAUUGAUCAGUUCACACUUGAGCGAUUAUUUCCCUUCAACUGAGAAAAAGGUUUUGGAACGAACUGCACGUCGAUCGAUUUAUGGUCGUCCUUCUACCAGUAUUCGAUCUAAACGUGAUUCAACUUGGAGUUUUGCAGCAGAUCCAGAUGCUCCUCCAUUGCCUAGCAAAGAGAAUGUCGAAAAUGCUGCUCCUGCCAUCUUAAUAGGAAUGGAUGGAGGUGAUAUGCACGAUAACGAUCAACAAGCACCCAUCUUGCCUCCAGUACGUGCCUCGAUGGGCGAAUGGGCAGCCAGCAUACAUCCACCAAACGGCUCAUCAUCUGCAGCCGGAAGCAUUCGUUAUAGCAAUCGCCCUUCGUCUUAUCGUCGGACGUCAGGAGAAAGCUCUCGUAGUCGACAAAGUUUGGCCACCAAAUUGCGCAUGGCAAGAGGCAUUGGUGCAGAGGAUGGCGUGGGUGGCGGAGCUGCAUCCAAUUUCUCAAAAGGUGAUCGAAGCGAAACGGCAAGUCUGUUGACAGUUGAUGAAAUUACGCAAGAGGUUGAAAAUAGAAGAGAAAGUUUCAACACGAUUGCAUCCUCAAGUUGGGUAGUCGACGAAGAUGGUGUACCGAUUCCCUUACCACCAACCAAACGACAUACACUCAACUCAUCUAUCGUAGGAAAUACUCGACCGAGCAGCAGACGAAGCGUGUCUCUGAGUGCGACAGAUGAUGAAGUCUCUGUUGGCGAGGAAAGCGAUGCAGAUAUCACGCAAAGGCCAAGCGCAGAUGCUCCAGGGGAGGAAACUGACAGGCACUUUGGCGAUCCGAUGGCAGUCACACGUGUUAGUGACGAAGAUGAUCCAAGCGACGGAUUGGAAACUGAUGAUGAUUACGAUGAUGAUGGCGAAGAUGAUUUGAGCGACGAAGAAGGUGAUGGUGAAGGAGGCGUCUAUCAAUCUGCAGCUCCGGGUCGUGAACCGAUCAAAUGGAUCAAGGGAGCUCUCAUCGGAGCUGGAUCGUUCGGUAAUGUGUUUUUGGGAAUGAAUGCCAAGAAUGGUCUUUUGAUGGCGGUCAAACAAGUUGAGCUGCCUUCUGGCGAUUCUCAUAGCGAUCAACGCAAAAAGAGCAUGCUUGAGGCAUUGGAACGUGAGAUCGAAUUACUCAAAACUUUGCAACACGACAACAUUGUACAGUACUUAGAUUCCUAUGCUGACGGCACCCAUCUCAACAUUUUUCUUGAAUACGUUCCGGGUGGUUCAGUGGCAGCUUUGCUGCGCAAUUAUGGUGCGUUUGAAGAACCGUUGGUGCGCAACUUUGUCAAACAAAUUUUGCAUGGACUUAAUUUCUUGCAUAGUCAAGACAUCGUUCAUCGUGACAUCAAAGGGGCUAACAUUUUGGUUGACAACAAGAGUUGUAUCAAGAUUAGUGAUUUCGGUAUCAGUAAAAAGACGGAAAGUGGUCUAUACGUCACUCACAGACCAUCAUUGCAAGGAAGUGUGUUCUGGAUGGCUCCUGAAGUGGUCAAGCAAACAUCCUACACACGAAAGGCAGAUAUUUGGUCAUUAGGAUGUUUGGUUGUAGAAAUGAUUAGCGGUACUCAUCCGUGGGCCAAUUUGAAUCAAAUGCAAGCGCUUUAUCAAAUUGGAUCACUUGCCAAACCUUCGAUGCCGGAUGAAAUUUCACCAGAAGCUGUUGAUUUCUUGACAAAGACGUUCGAAUUGGAUCAUAAUAUGCGACCAUCAGCGGAGGAAUUAUUGCAGCAUCCAUUCAUCACGGAAGAGUUCACUUUGCCUUCUGCACCAUCACCUCUUCCGGAAGGUGGUGCUUCGGGAAAUGCAAGUAAUUCAGUUGAAGAAUCUGAUGUGCUUCUAGCAUAUAUCUGUGAUCAAGGAUUGGUUGUAAGUUUUGAGGUAAGAGAAAAUGCAACAUGCAUAUACUCGGGUUCAUUCUGGCCGUUAAUUGAUCGCUACACAUUCAGCCUUUUGAAGCGCAUACAUUCGCCUCGUUCUUUCUACCUUCACUACAGCAUCUUAAUUUUUCAACAAGGUACAAUGAAUCAUGUCAAGAUCGACGAAGAGGACGUUGUUACGGUCAUUUGUAAAUUGAUUUGUCAAUUAUGUCAAAGCAUUUGGGAUGAAAAAAGUCACCCGAUAAGACGCUCUGGUCGAAAGGUACGACCUCGCAUUAUCUACGAUCCUACACAAGUCGACCGUCACUGGCUUUCUGCAGAGGGCAUAGAGAUCCAAAAUGGAUCAAACAGUAGCCAGAAUGAUAGUCAAAGUUCCGCAGCAUCAGAUCAAGAGAGUGACACGCAGUCCGAUGCGCUUGAGAGCAGUAGGGACGAAGCUAGAGAAAUACAAGAGAGGUUGGAUGAAUUGGAAAUUGAUGUAAAUAUGUCAAUCGAAAGUCCUAGCUCAGACAGUGUAAUCGACGAAAGUGCACUCAUUUCCCAUCUUACAUUGCCGUGCAAAGCCCAUCAAGAUUAUCAGCGUAGAGCACAACUACUAAUCGUUUUGCGCAGCAUUCUACGAGCAAAGAAGCAAAAAGAAAUGAAAAGAAUGAGAAGGAUCUUUUAUGAAAGCAAACAAACAUUCGAGAACGAUAUGGCCAAAGUAUACACUUGGGUGGACAAAUUGUCAAAAUUUUGGGGCGUUCAUUCAAGUGCAUUCAACAUUUUACCAAGUCCCAAAGGUCUGGUUGCCGGACCAAUAAACAUCCAGUUGAAAACGAGUUAUGUCGUCAGAGGAGGAAUGGCAAGAUCUGAUGAUUCUCAAACGACAGCAAAUGAUUCACAGUCGUCAAUCACCUCCUCACAAAUGUCAAGUGGAGAGUCGCAAGACUACAGUCAGACGGUAGCGGAAGAUGAUAUCAGUAUGCCAUAUUCUUCUCCGAGUCAACAAGGAAGCAGUCAAAGCACGUCGGGUAACCUGAAUGCAACACAGAGUAGUACCGUCUCUGGGACAUCAAAUCAGCGUUUAGUAUACACGCCGACUCUGAUUGAAGAUAUUUCGAUCAUCGAAGAAAUAUUCUUCACGCAGCCGGUACCUUGGGUCCUCAUUAUCGAGAAGGAUACGGUGUUCAACGAAUGCGUUCAGAAGCUCAAUCGAGCCCUUCGAAAUGAAAGUGACAACGGCGGCAAAGGCUACGGUAUCAUCAUCACGGGAAAAGGGUUUGCUGAUUUCGCAACGAGGAGGUUUGUCGAUCAUCUUUGUGGAAUUCUGCCUAUUGACACACCUUUCCAUAUACUAACAGAUGGAGAUGCGUACGGGAUGAACAUAGCAAAGGUGUACUUGUCCGAUCUAAAGCAUCAAGCUCACGAUGUGACAAGAUCCAAAUGUUCUUUAGAAUGGAUAGGAUUACGACCAUCACGCUGGCGAGACUUUGUUGGGCGAAAUCAAGAAUUGGCAAUGACGCAUUCACAGCAAGAGUCUGCUGCCGAAGAAGAAGACGAAGAAAUGCAAGAUGUCUUUGAAUCUCAAAGAAGUUUUAGAGAAGAUGCCGCAUGUAUCUUGGACGUUGGUGGCAAGGACGAUUGUAUCGCACUCAAAACGCCGGAAAUUGAGCGAGCUCUUUCUUUGCUCACGCAAGAUGAUCUCCAAGAAACGUUCAAAUACGAGUUAAGUAAAUUGCUCAUGCUUGGCUUCAAGAUGGAAUUGGAAACUGUAGGCAAUGUUGAUCUACACGAGCUUUUACCGACUCCACAAGACGGACCUCAGCUUGGAUGUAUGCGCAUGGAGGAAGAUAACCAAGCCUGA